AUUCCUCCUUCUUCACAGCUCAUCUCAAUCCCACCCAUCACCACUAUUCACUGCCGCCAGCACACAUCAAUCUCUCUUUCCCACUCACUCUAAAACACCAAUUUCUCUUAUCCUUCACUCUUCCACUCUCCUUUUCAAUUCUCCCAAAUGGGUUCCCGGAUCCUCUCUCAUCAACUAAGCAAUGGUCUUUACGUUUCGGGUCGCCCCGAAAACCUCAAAGACAAUCGCCAGCCGACAAUGGCUUCUCGCGCAGUUCCCUACACCGGCGGCGACAUUAAAAGGUCCGGUGACCUUGCUAAAAUGUUCGACCUUUCCCACCCCGACCAACUCCCACCCACGUUGAAAACUUCACGCCCCUCCUCUUCCUCUUCUCAACUCAACAGCGGACCGGUUAAAUCUGGUGCGAGCUCCGGUCAAUUAGGAGGAGGACCACCGGCUAAAUCCUCUGGCUCAGGUCCAAUACCCAGAAGGCUUUCAGGUCCCAUGACGCCGCUUCAACCGACAGGUCUCAUAACAUCCGGUCCACUUGGGUCUUCUGCCGGUCGCCGGUCUGGUCAGCUUGAGCCUUCCGUUUCAACUGGUAAGGCGCUUUAUGGUUCGGCUGUGACUCACUUGAAUGAGGAGAUGAAGAUGGGUUUUAAGUUGUCAAAGCCGGUAAUGUGGGUGUUUGUGGUGGUCAUGUUCAUGGCUGUGUUGGUUGGAGCAUUUCUAGCGGUGGCUGUGAAGAAAACUUUAAUAUUGAUUGUAAUCGGGGGAAUUAUAGGAUUGGUGAUAAUGACGAUUGUGUGGAACUGCACUUGGAAGAAGAUGGGUUUGUUAGGGUUCUUAAAGAGGUACCCUGAUGCUGAACUUAGAGGUGCAAUUGAUGGACAGUGUGUAAAGGUCACUGGGGUAGUUACUUGUGGCAGUAUUCCUCUUGAGUCUUCUUUUCAGAAGACACAACGAUGUGUAUAUGUUUCCACACAAUUAUACGAAUAUAAAGGAUGCAGUAGCAAAUCUACAAUUCCAAAACACCAUUUCUUCUCUUGGGGAUGUAGACAUUCAGAGAGGCACAUUGCUGAUUUCUACAUAUCCGACUUCCAAACUGGUUUAAGAGCGCUAGUGAAAGCAGGCUAUGGUGCCAAGGCUUCUGUACUUGUCGAACCCACAAAGAUUGUCGACGUCACAAAGGAAAACCGUGACCUAUCGCCAAGUUUCCUGAAGUGGCUUUCUGAUCGAAGUAUCUCUAGUGAUAACCGAACUAUGCGUCUCAAAGAAGGGUUCAUUAAAGAAGGAAGCACGGUUAGUGUGAUUGGAGUAGUCCAACGCCACGAAAAUGUCCUCAUGAUUGUUCCCCCAUCAGAGCCUGUCUCGACAGGCUAUCAAUGGAGUAGGUGCCUUCUUCCUACUUAUGUUGAAGGUCUCGUUUUGACAUGCGACGAAAGUCAGAAUAAUACAGACGUAAUUCCUGUGUAGACUCGUUACGAUUCCAUAUCAUCAACGCAUCCUACCUUCAAUUGUCGGACCAGGACCAGGCCAGGCACGUAUAUAUUUAUCAGAAGACUACAUCUAAUUGAAGCAUAUUAUCGUAGUCUCAUGCCUCUAGGACCGAAUUGUUCUAUAUACUUUGAAGAAUUCAAGUAAAUGGCGACGAAGAUGGAUAAAUAAUUUCCCAACAGAAUUAUCUCUAGCUACUUAAGCAUGUAAAUUUCUUCAAUAAGUAUGGCAUUGUUGUAUUUUCUUUGCA